AUGGAUAAAAGCAGCAAAGGCAAGAGAACCGUGAUAACUGUUGAGGUGAAGAAGCAAAUCAUUUCCAAGCAUGAAAGUGGGGUCCGUAUAAGUGAACUGGCAACGCAGUUUGGUAUGGCCAAAUCUACGAUUUGCACCAUGAUAAAAAACAAGGAUGCCAUUAAGGGGGCCAGCGUUGCAAAGGGUGUUAAAACGCUCAAGCAACGGACACAGACAAUGGAAGAAAUGGAAAAAUUGCUUUUAAUAUGGAUAACCGAAAGGCAGUUGGCGGGCGACCGCAUUUCUGAGAGCAUCAUUUGUGAAAAAGCUUUACAUUUGCAUGCCGAUCUCGUCGCAAACACCCCUGGAGCAAGUGCUGAGGUUGAGAGUUUCAAGGCAAGCAGAGGGUGGUUUGAAAAAUUUAAGAAGAGAAGUGGCAUCCGCAGCAAACACAGCGAAGCUUCCAGUACCAACAAAUUAGAUGCCGACCAGUUUGUUUUGGAAUUUAGAGAUAACGUCGAGUCGCAUUCCAUUACCGACAAAUUAGAUGCAGACCAGUUUGUUUUGGAAUUCAAAGAUUACGUUGAGUCACAGGGCUUCGUUCCCCAGCAGGUUUUCAACUGUGAUGAGACGGGCCUCUUUUGGAAGAAAAUGCCAAGGAGGACCUACAUAACACAGGAGGAGAAGGCACUGCCAGGGCACAAGCCCAUGAAAGACAAGCUGACCCUUUUAUUGUGUGCGAACGCAAGUGGGGAUUUUAAGUUGAAGCCGUUGCUAGUCUACCAUUCGGAGAACCCCAGGAUAUUUAAGAAGAACAGCGUUAUCAAAAGCAAAUUGCAUGUUAUGUGGAGGGCAAACAGCAAAGCUUGGGUAACCAGGCAAUUUUUCAUUGAGUGGGUUCAUGAAGUGUUCGGGCCAAGUGUGAAAAAAUACCUCCAGGAGAAAAACCUUCCAAUGAAGUGCCUGCUUCUUAUGGACUAUGCUCCAGGUCACCCUCCAGGCUUGGAGGACGAGUUGUUGGAAGAGUUUGCGUUCAUCAGUGUGAGGUUUUUGCCCCCCAACACAACUUCUCUCAUCCAGCCCAUGGACCAGCAGAUCAUAUCUAAUUUUAAGAAGCUUUACACCAAAGCAAUGUUCCAAAAGUGCUUUGAGGUGACCUCGGACACAGAGCUAACCCUAAGAGAGUUCUGGAAGAAUCAUUUUAAUAUCCUCCAUUGCUUACAUAUGAUAGACAAAGCAUGGAAGGACGUGAGUCAGAGAACGCUGCAGGCAGCGUGGAAGAAAUUGUGGCCGGAUGCUGUCCCAGAACAUGUAACGGAGGCUGUUGAAGAGGAUGUUCCUAUUGUUGAGGAUAUUGUGUUUCUGGGAAAUUCCAUGGGCUUGGAAGUGAGUGGUGCUGAUGUGGAGGAGUUAGUGAAGGAGCACGGGACGGAGCUCACCACAGAAGAACUUCAGAACCUUCUGAGGGAGCAGCAAAAGGCGGCAACUGAGGAAAUAUCUUCGGAGGAGGAGGGGGAGAGCAGAGAAAGUGUGUCUACAGCAAAAAUCAAAGAAAUGUUUGCAAAAUGGGCUGAAAUGCAAGCUUUUGUUGAAAAAUACCACCCGGAUAAAGCUGCUGUGAGUCACGCCACAAACACUUUCAAUGAUUUCGCUAUGUCUCACUUUAGACAAAUCUUAAAACAUCGGCAAAAGUCUCAAGUGAAAAUAUUUUGGUAA